AAAAUUUGCAGGAGGCAACUUCUCAGAACGAAAGCUGAGGCUCAUUUUCCAGCUGCUGGCACCAGCUGAGCGGCUAGCUGCGAGCUGGCGAAAAGGCCCUUCCGCAUUUCGGGGCCAAACAAGACCUGAUAACAGCUACAUGUCUGCCUUGCUCUGCCUUAGACCCUUCUCUAUGACGCAUUUUCUGCUUCAAGGUUUGCGCAGGCCUGGACUUGGAGCAGAAUUGAAUGCUUGAUCAGUGGACUCAACAUUGGAAGUUGCAAGCAGGAACAUGAGCAAUUUUUGAUCGCAUUGGCUGCAGAAAUCAGAUGGACUGAAGCAGACAAGCUUUACGGCAGCGACUUGGUAGCCAAGUGCAGCCAAGAGUUUGCACAAGGAUAAAGAGCGGCUGCAAAUGCCGCACAGCAUUCAUUGUAUUGCAGGCCCUCAAGUUGAGAGCAUCACAAUUGAUUGAACAUUGAAGCACCGCCCACUCAACACGUUUGCUGCUGGACAUUCGCUGGUCAUUCCAAGCCUCAUGAGCACCAGAACAUUGGGGAGCUGUGGUUCAAAGGUUGCAUCCCUCCCAUUGCUAUCAGCACCACUUACAGAGCAGGGUCGCAGUUUCGUUUCCGUUUGGAGGCCCUCUUUGAGCAAGCCCAGCCCAGGAGGUCCAACCAAGUCAACGCGGAGAGCUACUCAAACAGUAAUGGUUUACCAUGAUGGUGAGCUGGCGGUGCAGCGCAGAGUGGGCACAGCGGAGCAGGCAGCCCAGUAUGCGGGGUUCGUGCGGCCCCUAGUGAACCAGCAGCUCUCCCUCUUUGCGGAGCAGCGCAGUGAUGUCAUCGCUGCGUCAGCGGACUCUGAGGGCCGGCUGUGGGCCAGCAUGCUGUUUGGCGCCCCCGGCUUCAUGCGCGUCACUCCAGAUGCUUCAGCUCUUCUGGUGGGCGCCGACAACAUGCCAACUGUCAGCCCAGGGGAUCCCCUGCACGACAAUGCACUGGCCGAUGGAGCCGCCCUGGGCUUCCUCUGUAUUGAGAUGCAAACACGCCGGCGCAACCGCAUCAAUGGCGUGAGCCGCCCUGCGCGCGCUCCCCCUGGUGGGCUGUUCGUGCAGGUACAAGAGGCCUUUGGCAACUGCCCCAAGUACAUCACACGGCGCACCAUCUCCUCCCCUUCACAGGGGGCUGGUUUGCUCCAGGGAGAAGCCCCCCCUGUCAAAACUCAGAGCCUAACUCCUGACCAGCAGCGGCUGAUUGCAGAGGCGGAUAUGAUGUUUGUGGCCACAGCCAACCCAGGGGGAGGAGCAGAUGCGUCGCACCGCGGGGGAUCCCCCGGGUUUGUGCGAUUCUUGGACGAGAGGACGUUGAUGUGGCCCGACUACACUGGGAAUGGCAUGUUCAUGACUCUGGGCAACAUCCAGCUGAACCCCGCUGCGGGCCUGCUCUUCAUCGACUGGGCCGGCCACUCGCUGCUGCAGCUGACCGGCCACGCGCAGGUCCUGUUCGAGGAGGACAUCGCACGCCGCCAGCUGGCGCCCCUGCUGGGCGGGGCGGAGCGCGCCGUUAUCUUCACAGUCGACGAAGAGUUGCACCGCAAGAACAGCGUCCCCUUUGACUACCAGCUGAUUGACUACUCCCCCUACAAUUACCCCGUGCCAGCCAGCCUUGCCAAGAACAGCACGGUAGCCCCGGGGAAGGACGAGCAGACCGUGACAGUGGUAAACAUCCAGCAGAUUACACCCCUCGUAAAGGAGUUCACGUUUGAGACGGAAAACGUGUUGCAAUACUUGCCGGGGCAGUACGCCAUGUUCAAUCUGGAGGUGCCGCGGGCAGGGGGUGCGGGCGCGCAGCACUUGAUGCGCAGCUGGACCGUCACCAGCACUGCAGCGCCGAACAAGCGCACCUUCUCCAUCGCCGUGAAGCGCCUGCCGGGGGGGCGCGCAUCCACCUGGCUGCACGACACCGUCCGGCCCGGCACCCUGGUGCACCUGGUGGGCACGGCGGGCGACUUCACGCCCUUCUCUGCUGCCGGGGUGGUCGCCGCUCCCCGGCUGCUGCUGCUGUCGGCGGGCAUCGGCGUGACCCCCAUGCUGGCCAUCCUGCGCGGGCUGAGGGCAGGCCAGGGGGAUCCCCCCGACGUGGUGGCCGUUCACACCUCCCGCACCGCUGCAGAUGUUCCCUUCAGGUCCGAGAUGCCUGUGAGCGCCAGUACGGACGGCUUCCUUUUUGUGGAGAAUCUGACGGAGCGGGAUGGCCGCCUCACUGCAGACCGUCUGAAGCAGCACGUGCCUGACGCGGCGACCAGGCAGGUGUACCUGUGCGGGCCGGCGACGUACCAGACUCACAUGACGGCACUCCUGGAAGCGCUGGGGGUGCCACCUGGCAACAUCCACACCGAGAGCUUCUCCUACUGAGGCACCACCGCGGGGAAGCUGGGCAGAGAACUCGAAGCAGCGAGGGUUUUGUUUCGGAUGUCCUGGGGCGCCGCUCCGACAGAAAUGCUGGUGCUACAUUCAAGACGACCUGCGCGGUCGCUCUGUGCAACAAUACUUCCAUGUGAUAUAUCCAGUGGUGCGUCCAGUUGAGUUUGUGAGGAAAAUUCUAUUGAGUUUGUGGGAAAAGAAUAGCGUUUAUGAGGGACAGUGUAUUAGAUUUUUGGUGUGACGCUAAAGUGGUUGGCAUCAGACACAGAGGCGGAUGCAGCCAGGUAGGGGCAGUGAACUCAACGUCGUGGCAUGCGGCCAGGGUCGGAUAGUGGAGCAUUUUUGGGCCAGCUGUUCCUUAGCUGAGGCUCUUUGAAUCUUGUUUGACAAGCUUCUGUACGUAUACUCGCUGUACUCCGUUGUGAACAGAUUAUGCUGGCUUGUAGACACCUGGCUUAAACUGCGCUAUUACAGUUGCGCUAAGUCACAAAUUUGGACAACCUUGAGACAGCUUAGGAGGUAACUUGGACUAGAAACACGGUCGUUGUUUGAUUGACAAUAUGGUAUUAUUCGAUUUUGUUGCAGCCAGAUAUGGCGGCCUAGGGUUGCGUUUCAAGUUUCCGAGUCAGUGCCAGCUGGUAAGUUGGAAAAGUGAUUCUCCUGUCGAAAUUGCUUCAAGUUGGGGG